GUCUGGACACCCAGAUUCGCCCAGGCUCUGCUGUCGGCCGUGGCAGAUGUGAAGCUCUACUCACUGGCGCGGCGGCUGGAAACCCAGGAGGUGGCCGGAUGGGUGUUUUUCUGCCAGUUGUGCUCUUGGUUUACGUGGUACUGCUGUACCCGGACCCUCACGAACACCAUGGAGACCAUUCUUACUACCAUUGCUCUCUCCUACUAUCCUCUGGAGGGCUCCAAGGCCACGCACAGCGUGAAGUACGCCUCCCUGGUGGCCCUGGCCUGCCUGGUCCGCCCCACAGCCAUCAUCCCGUGGGUCCCACUGCUCCUCAGACACGUGUGGCGGGAGCAGGACAGGCGCCGUCUCAUUCUGCACAGUUUCUUACCUGUCGGGUUUGUAACUCUGACUCUGUCUCUGGUCAUUGACCGUAUUUUUUUUGGCCAAUGGACGCUGGUGCAGCUCAACUUCCUGAGGUUCAACGUGCUGCAGGGCUCAGGCACCUUCUACGGCUCCCACCCGUGGCACUGGUACCUCAGCCAGGGGCUCCCGGCCGUCCUGGGCCCCCACCUGCCCUUCUUCCUGCACGGCUGCCUCUGCGCCCCAAAGCGCUCCAGGCUGCUCCUGGUGACUGUGCUGUGGACGCUGCUUGUGUACAGCAUGUUGGGCCACAAAGAAUUCAGGUUUAUCUAUCCAGUCUUACCAUUCUGUAUGGUGUUCUGUGGACACUCUCUCGCCCACCUGCGCGCCUGGAGGAAGCCUGCGCUCAGCUUCCUGCUUCUGUCCAACACGCUCCUCGCCCUCUACACGGGCCUGGUCCACCAGCGGGGCACGCUCGACGUCAUGGGCCACCUGAGGGAGGUCAGCUGUGGGAGCACCAACCUGUCCUCCGCCUCGGUGUUCAUGCUGAUGCCCUGCCACUCCACGCCCUACUACAGCCAUGUCCACUGCCCACUGCCGCUGCGGUUCCUGCAGUGCCCUCCAGAUCUGACUGGGCAGAGUGGGUAUCUUGAUGAAGCAGACACUUUCUACCUCAACCCCGAAGGCUGGCUACAGAGGGAGUUUCAGGAUGCCAGCUCCCUGCCAGCUCGCUUGGUCAUGUUCAGCGUUUUGGAGGAGGAAAUCCGCACUUUCCUAACCUCAAGGAAUUACGAGAGAACUGCAGUUUUCUUCCACACUCACUUCCCAGAGGGCCGAACUGGAAGCCACAUUUACGUCUACGAACGCAAGUCCAGUAUGGUGUGAAAGUGGGCGGUCCCGAGGUCACCAGGGACCCCGCACCCCGUGGAUCGGGCUGGGUUACGUGGAACUGCAGAAAGACACGCACUAACACGCCUAGGUCCCAAUAAAGACCUCUGGUCUUC